GAGAUCGAAAAUAACAAGUAGUUCGGAUUAGGGCGGACUUCUCCAUUUCAACCAGCCUUUCAUUCAGACAGUAUGUCUUCUUCCAAGGGCGAGGUGGAGCCAACAGGGACCUCCAAAAAGGAAUCACGAAAAGAUUCCACGAGGCGGUCGUCUACUGCCACACAGGGGUGGUCGAACCAUUCGAGGUCGAAAUGGUUCAUCGACUGGUGUUGUGGAGACGCUUCCAACCCCACUGCGCAGCCAUGUGGUCCUGUCAUCUUCAUCGAUGACAGCAGAAGGCGUAGAGUGCUUCGUGUCGUCGUGCGGUGGGAGGACGCAAAGGGGGGCCGACGAGAUUUCUAUAUGCAACACGUUUAUGGCGCCAAGGGCAAUGUCGUUGCCAAUUCGAAAGGGACGUUGUUGGACCGCGAAUUGUGUGAGGGGUUCCGAGCGGGUGCUGUGAACACCCCGUUCUACAAAGAACUCGUUCUCGAGGGCGGUUUUGUUUUGGCGCGUGAAUUUUUCGACAUGUUGGAGGACAAAAACAUCGCUCUAGACGUCCCCUGCGACGUCAACCCAUCCCUGGAGUUGUCGUUGCCGAUGAAGCUGUGCAGCGGUUGCGAGUCAAGCGGGGCAGCGGUGGAGGGCGGUGAUCUGGGUUCUGGUCCCGCCACUCAACUGCACCAUGGCGAGAGCGGAGGUCAGUUCGACGACAGCGAGGAUGAGGGGACUGCUCCGCCGUUGAGUGACACGCGGAGGUCUAUGUUGUCUAUUCGUGGGGUUCAGACUGAUGCACCGGUUCAGCGGAAGAGUACGAGGCCAGCAGAACAGGUGGCGGCCUAUUCGGAGGUUGAAAUGGAGGCGAGCGAGGGACAGGGUGUGGAGGAGGUGGAUGCGGGAGGCCUAGCUUCGCAAGGAGCUCCGCAAAAGAGGAGGGGGGAUCGUCCAGACGAGUUCGCUGGUUCUACGAAGAAGUUAAAGAGCAAGGCCCCCAGGACUGCGAGGGAGAAACGCAAGGGGACCGAGGGGGAGCAGGGCCGGCAGGUCGUCGACCUCGGGGACUGGGAAGACCUGUACAACCAGCGGUCCCUAGAUCUCGUUCUCGUGGAAGGGAUCAAAGAAGCGAUGCGGUUGGCGCUCGAAAACAAAGCGCAGUCUCACGAUUUACCAACCCUGAAGCUGGCACCGCUGGGGCUUGAUAAACCGACUCCGGGGACCAAGGUAAAACGUCUGAGGCCGGAGGAUUGGAGGGAUGAGCUGGCGGGACAAUACUACUACUACGCGGUGUGUGGGCAGCACAACGCGGCUGCAGCGAGGUCGCUGCUCGGCAGCGAGGUGGCCAGAAAAUACAAUUUCGAGCGGUGGCCUGCACGAAUGGUCUACUUUUCGGACGACGACUUCGAAGGGUACUUCCUUGUCAGUUCCCAGGACAACAAGAAGGACAUGAAGGCGCCCCCACGACAGCUCAAGCUGUCAAUGAGGGACAUUAGGUGGCAGUGGAAGCGCGUCGGUUGCCCGCAUGCUGUUAUGGGGAACCCCAACGGAAAACAGGAUCAGGUCCGGAAGUGGCGUGAAUUUUGUAGUGUCGCACUCAACAUGACACCGCACAACAACUUGUGGAUUCUCGCAGAUCAGCAGGGCGAGGAGGCCAUCAGGAAAAAAGGCGCUGCCCUGCGUUCCUAUUUCCCGCUGGCGAUGGCAGGGGAGAAUGUCUGGAAACAGGCCAUCGAGUUUUUCGAGAAAUGGGAGACAGGCAGAUUGCUUGAACACGAUGGCGCAAAGUGGAUCAUGCGAAAGAAGAAAGUCAAAAACGUGAAGCCUGGGGUUGCAUACAUCCAUAAUGACAAGCUGGGCAGGAAGGAGGUCGUGUACAACGUCCCUGUGGACCCGCCGACAAAGAAAGGCAAAAAGGAGAAAGAGGAGGGCGAGUGGUUCACGCUCGUUGUUUUUGUCCCGCGGCAGCAGAACCUCUCCUUUCUGGCCAGCAUGAACCAUCUUUCUUUCGUCAAGCUGCUGGAAGGGAAGUGGGUGAGGACGAGUCAACAGAAGAAAAGCUUCCCCGUCGGGAACAAUUUGUACACGGAAGACGACCGGAUGUACAUACUCUUCAAAGACGACGAUUUGCGGGUCAACACGUCCGUCGUCUACGAGGGGAAACUGCCGGCAGGCGCUGCUGCCGCAGUGCGGGUACCACAGAAGGUUACGCAAACGGAUGUGUCCGACAUCCCGUUCAACCCUCGUGACUGGUCACAUACCUCGCCUGCAUGGCGGGGCAGUGUGUACGGGGAUAUGGAACGCAACCCCGUGCAAUUCGUUCAGCUUCUCGAAUCCAUCACCAACAAGGGGGAGGGUGUCGUUUUCCUCGGGAAGCCACACGCGCGGUCAGUCUGGGAAGUACUGAAGGCAAGACGGCACGUCAUCACGAUGGACGGGAACUCCGAGCUCUUGCAAUUUACAAUUGAUCUCGUCAAAAGCGAGGUCAAUUCGGGUGCCCACAAUUGCGAGUUUAUGGUCGUCACCGAGACUCGGGCUCGCGCAUGGAACAACAAGACGGACAUGUGGUUCAAGUUGAGUGUGAGGAAGCGGAAUAAGAUAUACGACUUCUUGUUCCGGCAAACGCGGCCGAAGAGAGACACUGACGCCGAGUACAUGCGCCGCAAGGACCACAUGUUCACGUUGCUAGACAACUACCAGGGCGCCUCCCGCAUGAACGCGAAGACCUUUCUCGAGAGGUUGCAGUCCCUUUACUUCGUGGAGUCAGAGGAGGAGCUGAUGUUCGGCAGUUACUCCUUCUUGAUCUCCACGGAAGACGAGGAGACCACUGGCAUCGAGUUCGACGUGACCGCGGACGAGGAGGGCAGCGACACCGAAAGCCUCGACCUGCAGUACGACUAACAUUCCGCGCAGCACGCUACAGGGUCGUCCUUGGCAGGUCCGUCGACAAGCCCAGCGUCCCUCGUGUCACCGAUGGC